GCCCACCGCCGCCCCCCUCGCCCCUGCCAGGCAACCGCUGCCUCUAACCUUCGUCCAGCGUCAGGACCACCGCCCGGAGCCACCGGCGACCCCCGACAACCUCCCUCAGCCACCGGCGACCCCUGACAACCGCCCCCAGGUAGCGGCGGUCCCUGACAACCGUUGCCCUGACAACCGCCGCCAGCCCCCCGGGCGCUCAGGGCGCGCCAUGAAGUCGGCGGUGAGCGCGCGCGGCGGCGGGUCUGGCGGCCGCGGGGGUGGCGGCUGGGGCGGAGGGCGAGGAGGCGGAGGAGGAGGGGGCAGAGGAGGAGGAGGGAGCAAAGGGGCAGGAGGCGAUGGCGGCGGCCCGGGGGGCAAAGGCGGUUUCGGAGCGCGGACGCGCGGCUUCGGAGGUGGCCGGGGCCGCGGUGGCGGCGGAGAAAGCAGGGAGCGCGGAGGCGGCGGGCAGCGGCGCGGCGCGGCCAAGAGCAAGAACCGCCGCAGAAAGGCCGUCAACACGGUGUCGGUGGAACCGCACCGGCACGAGGGCGUUUUCAUCUACCGCGGGGCGGAGGACGCUCUGGUCACCCUGAACAUGGUGCCCGGCCAGUCGGUGUACGGCGAGCGGCGGGUCACGGUGACCGAGGGCGGCGUGAAACAGGAGUACCGCACGUGGAACCCCUUCCGCUCCAAGCUGGCCGCGGCCAUACUGGGCGGGGUCGACCAGAUUCACAUCAAGCCCAAGUCCAAAGUGCUGUACCUUGGCGCCGCCUCGGGGACCACCGUCUCCCACGUCUCCGACAUCAUCGGUCCGGACGGCCUAGUCUACGCGGUCGAGUUCUCCCACCGCGCCGGCCGCGAUCUGGUCAACGUGGCCAAGAAGCGAACCAACAUCAUCCCAGUCCUCGAAGAUGCCCGGCACCCCCUCAAGUACCGCAUGCUCAUCGGGAUGGUGGACGUGAUCUUUGCCGAUGUGGCCCAGCCAGACCAGUCCCGCAUCGUGGCUCUGAAUGCCCACACCUUCCUGCGCAACGGGGGCCAUUUCCUCAUUUCCAUCAAGGCCAAUUGCAUCGACUCCACCGCGUCUGCCGAGGCGGUGUUUGCUUCUGAGGUCAGGAAGUUGCAGCAGGAGAAUUUAAAGCCUCAAGAGCAGCUGACCCUGGAGCCCUAUGAGAGGGACCACGCUGUGGUCGUCGGGGUCUAUCGGCCCCUUCCCAAGAGCGGCAGCAAGUAGCAACCCAGCUCAGGCUGUCCCUGACAUCUGCCUAAGACUGUGCUGUGUUCGGUGUUACUAUCUAUGCGUUUUCUUUGUGCACUGUUGUUUUCUAUUAAAUGGCAUAAAG